AUGAAUCGAUUAGAGAUACUCCGGCUAAAUGGAGUUAGACGGUUCAGUUGGAGUGCAUCCACGCUGAUACGAGCACCUUUCAAGAAUUUUGAUAAUGAAAGGAUAGUUUCGGGUGGAAAAUCCAUCAGUUUCAACAGAAACAUGCCGAAUAAUACCAGGAUGAAGGCAUGGGAAAAAGAUGGCGAAGACAAGGACACUUGGUUUAAGAGGAAGUACGCUCAUGUGCACGCCAAACAGAAGCAAGUAAGACUAGACAAAGAGGCUGCAAGGACCCAAAAAUUUCCAUCAAGAAAUUCUGAUUUGAGUCCAGAUUCCAAGCAAAUAAGGAGGAAUAGACCCCCAAAGGAGAACCCAUUAGAAGAACGGAUAUUUGGGGCCCAGGCAGUAUUGGCAGCACUGAAGGCCAACAAUAGAGAAUUCUUGAGCACUUUAUAUGUUCAUAACCCAAAGGAGAAACACGAAGAAAUAACUGAACUCUGUAAAGAGAGGGGAGUGGACAUCAAGCUUGUGGACAGUAAAAACGACCUGAAUCUGCUGUGCAACAAUAACGUCCACAACGGGUAUGUUUUAAAGGCAGCUAAAUUUCAAACUAGGGAGCUCGCAGCUUUAUCUACGGUUACCUCUAAAGGUGUGUUCAGCUUGACUUUACAGGAUUAUGGUGUAAGAUCUGAAGAACAGUUCGAGGUUCAAAGGCUGAAUGGCUCAUUUCCCUUGGGAGUUUACAUUGACGGAGUUUCAGAUCCUCAUAAUUUAGGUGCAAUUAUUCGGUCUUCAUAUUACCUGGGCGCUGAUUUUGUUGCCAUUGCAGAGAAGAACUGUGCACCUUUGAAUUCAGUGGCCUCUAAAUCCUCCGCGGGAUGUAUGGAAUUCUUACCUAUUUUCAACGUGGUGAAACCUUUACAAUUUCUAGAGGCAGCAAACGAGAACGGUUGGGCUACCGUAUCCGCUGUUAGUUCUGUCCCUAAGAAGAAUGCCAACAGAGAGUUAUUGUCAGAGGAAUUGUCCUCCACUCUGUCAGAACAGCCGUGCUUAUUGAUAGUCGGUUCAGAAGGUGACGGUAUUAGAAAGUCACUGCUGGACAGAAGUUCGCAUUUAGUUUCUUUGAAAAGUCAGCGAAAGAAUUUAGAUUCUUCUGUGGAUAGUUUGAAUGUCAGCGUAGCCACAGCUGUUCUACUCAGAGAUUUUACUAUGUGA